AUGGGAUUACAGUGUGAAACUGUCCGGCCAUGUAUCCUCUGCCGCCAUGCUGGUCGCAAAUGUGAGACCACUGAUCGGCGAGCAUAUCGCCGUCGGCAGGGACUACGCACACUGCGUGUCCCUAGCGUUGAGAAUCAAAGUCCUGGGACAGCAGAAGCGUGCAACCCCUCACAUGGCCCUACCCUGCCAGGCUCAAAUGUAACCUACUCUGAAGGAACACAACUGGGCGAAACCACCUCUUCCAUCGAUUUUGCUCAACGUAUUUUUGACGAGGAAGAAACUGGACGCGUUCUGACGGCCGCCACUCUUCCGGGAGAUGUGGCUGCUUCUAAUCCCAACCUUGGCGAUAAUAUGUGGCGCCUUCAGAAGAUCAAAUUACCCUCACCCAAGAUUAUGUUGACACUCAUAGAUGCCUACUUCCAUCGGAUGCAGUGGUUCAUAUUGUUGUUUGUGGAGCCUGAAUUUCGAAAAUGUGCCCAGAGAAUCAUCCCACAUGACCAAUGGCACCGCCGAGACCUAGGUGCGUGCAUGGCUGUCCUAGCUGUGGCAGCUAUCGGCUUGCAAUCCGUGCUCCUAGAUCGAGAAUGGCCCGGGCAUGAGCUAUUGCGUAUGCAUAGCAUUGACCCUCAAGUACUACUUGACGGCUUGAUUUCAGAGAUACGAGUCCAUUUGCUAGAUCUUUUGGAAGAUUGUCCCAUCGAAGCCGUCCAGGUUCCUAUGCUUCUCUCUUGUUAUUACGUCUUUCAUAAACCACGCCUUGCGUGGACUGUUCUGGGGAUGUCUGUGAGAGCGGCGUACGCUCUAGACAUACAGCACCCGAAACUCACAGAUACAGAUCCGGUCAUGGAUGAAAUCAAGACGCGCUGCUGGAACCACCUCAUAGUAGCAGAUACCUUUACGACGAUGGUAUAUGGACGAGCACUUUCAAUUGACUACGCAGAGGUGCGUCAACUGAGAGUUGUGGAUGACCUUACUAUACCAUCCCCGCUUCUGAACCUUUUUCCUGAGAUGGCUAGUAAUAGCAAUUCUGGGAGAAGCAAAUUUCACAUAAUGAAGGCAGAAAUUUACAGAGUCGUGCGUGAGACACUUUUGCAGUUUCGCCGGUUGCGCUUCGGACCAAUGAUGGAGGACAAAGAACUGCAGACAGUCGCCUCGAUUACACAAGAAUCAGACGGCAAUUUGAGACUGUGGCGCCAAAGGGUCCCUCGAAUGUUUGACUAUAAUUUUUGGAGCAGUGGAGGCUGGGAGGAUAUCACACAGGCUCUCCAAACAUCUGAUGUGUUAGUAAAGGAGCAAGCAGAGACUAUCUUUCUCCAGGCAGCGAUUUUACAACUAACAUAUGAUUCGGCGCUCAUCCAUAUUCACCGAGCGCUGCUCGAACGAAGAGUUCGAACCACUUGUAAGCCUCUUAUUGAGGCGAUCAACAAAUCCCUCGUGGCAGCUACCACUGCAGCUCUCCGCAUUUCUCGUAUUCCGGUUCAUAAAUUCCAGAAUAGCUUUGCAGGAUCAUUUGUUUCUAUGCAACAAUUCACUGCCGGUGCCAUUCUUUGCCUUCAGCCAUCCCUUCUUCCUUUUUCGCAGGCUGCUUUCGACGCUAAGGCUGGAGUCAUGAGAAUUAUCAGGGCUAGUCGGGCUAUCAGUUAUCACAAUCGAAUCGCGAAACAUAUCGAGGAGCUUUUGACUGAGCUGUUGCGAGUCGUAAAUGAGCGUGAGAUGUCUCGUGCUCUAGUUGACGACCCGUCAGACGGCAUGGCUGACAAUAAGAUGUUCAUGUGGCUCAACCCUGCUACUUCUCGUCAAAGGAGAAGGGAACAUGAUCCUGAUAACCAGGCUUCCUCCUUGCCAAUCGCUAGUGCCACUACGGAAGAACUGGUUGAACCGGAUGUGUGGGACUGUGGAAUAAAUGCCGACUUCCCAUCCGAUGGUACAUAUAUUUCACCAGUUGACUUUCCGUCAGAGUCUAUUCUUGAACAACUGGACAGUACAUUCGGAGCCUUUGGAGAACUUAUGUUCAAUAUGACCCCAGAAGAUCAAAACAAUAUAUGGAAUUGGGGUCGGACUUUCCCUUAA